AUGCAGAUAUGUGUACGCUAUCUCCGUGACCCUGCAUAUCAACAAGGUAUUGGUAAGAAACUUGGUGUUAGUCAAGCAACGGUAUCUCGGACUGUGGAUACACUUGUGAACAGCAUCAAGUUUAAAACUACCAACCAUGAACUGAUGGAGGCCAAGCAGAUAUGGCAAAGCAUGUAUAAAUGUCCGACAGCAAUCGGUGUAAUUGAUUGUACACAUAUAGGAAUCCUGAAGCUAAAUCGCCAUGGAGAUGAGUAUAUCAACCGAAAAGGGAAACCUCCUUUAAAUGUGCAAGCCACUUGUGAUUCCAGAGAGAUGUUCACAAGUAUUGAUGUCAGUUUGCCUAGAUCAGUGCAUGAUUCCAGAAUAUGGAGAAAUUCAAAGACUAGAUCAUAA